AUGUCGGCAACGCACCAUGUCUUCGAGGUCGGUCGCGGCGUCGUCCUCCGAUCCCCUCGACCUGCUGCCUGCAUCGAGCCGCACGCCGGAGGAUCACCUGACAAUCCCGGCCCGCAUUCGGUACUCGCCUGCGUCGACGCGGAGCUCGAUCUGCGGCGGCUUGCCCAUAUCCACCACUGGCUGUGGAUCGCGGGACGGCCCAUGCCGCCGCGCCCGCUCCACCAUCAGCGUCUCCUCAACCGCGAGAUCGUUAUGAAGAUGAUGAUGAACAACAGAUCAGAAGAGAAGGAAGAUGAUGAGUUCUCUAUCUGA